GAUAGAUAGUAGGCUAGUGCUCUAAACAGUGAAAGUUCAUGGUUUUGUUUGCAUUGGUAGGUGGCGACGUGAGUCAAUGUCCUUCCUUCAGGAUCACACAGAACUAAUAACUUCCUGACAUGUAUCGAAUAUCUCACUUCCGAUCUUCUCAACGCCAGGCUUCUCUCAGAAGAGAAAUAUCCAGGAAUAUGAUUCCGAAGUCGAAUAUAAAUCACAAAUGAGUCUCAAUGGGUAUAAAAUAACUCUACAUAGCGCUGUAAGGUCGGUUACAACCAAAAAUGUUAGUCAGAAAAGGGUGUUUUCGCUGUCAGCGCGGAUGUGUGAUACGAGUUAGUUAAAGACUAAACACUCGUAACAUUUUACUCACUACAUCCAGCAUCUUCAUUAAAUGCCAUAACUCACGAAAAUGAAAACCUCAGUUUUACUUAUAUGCUUUUUGCUCGCAAAAGGUGUGUUUAGUGAUGUUGUGAAUUCAGUGCUGGAGGGCGAUUCUGUCACGCUACACACUGAUCUUACUGAUUUACUGAAAUAUGAACGUAUACUGUGGACAUUUGGACCUGGCCGCACUCGUAUAGCUCAGAUCAACAAUGUAGUCAAUAAGAUCUCAGUAUACAAUGAUGUUCUUGAUGGGAAAUUCAGAGACAGGCUGCAGCUGGAUGAUCGGAGUGGAUCUCUGACCGUCACAAACACCACAACUGAAGACUCUGGACUUUAUGAACUGCAGACCGUUGGUGGGAAAGAGGUCCCGCCAAAGACGUUCAGUAUCAUUGUUUCUGCUCCUCUGCCGGUUCCUGUCAUCACCAGAAAUUCUUCUCAAUGUCCUUCACCAUCAGGAUCAUCAGCGUCCAGAUGUGAGCUGCUGUGUUCAGUGGUGAAUGUGGGUCAUGUGACUCUCUCCUGGUACAAAGGGAACAGUUUAUUGUCCAGCAUCAGUGUGUCUGAUCUCAGCAUCAGUCUCUCUCUACCUCUGGAGGUGGAAUAUCAGGAUAAAAACAGCUACAGCUGUGUGAUCAACAAUCCCAUCAUCAACCAGACUCAACAUCUGGACAUCACUCAACUCUGUCACACAUGUUCAGUGGAUGCAUCAAGUUUAAUCCCAGAAGAUGGCUUACUCUUAAGUCACAUGGUGCUGAUCUGCGUUAGUGUUGUAAUUACUGUACUAGUCUUGGCUGCAGUUGGGAUGCUCAGUAUCUACUGGAAAUACAGGAAAACAAAUCAACCGGGCCAGGCCCCUAAACAAGAAUACACUGAGAUGAACAAUGGUUCUCCAGGUGACGAUUUGGCUGAGACAGAUGAACUGAAGACAGUAUCAGUGAAUGUGGGAGAGACGGUCACUCUAAACACUGGCGUUACUGCAGUAAAAAGUUUUGAUGUGCUGCAGUGGAGGUUUGGAGAAUUAAACACAGACAGCACAAACCCAUUCAUUGUCUUUGCCAGGCUGAAUGAACAAAACAAUUUUGAUGGUACUGGUCAUGAUGAGACAUUCAGAAACAGAGUACAGAUGGAUCAACAGAAUGGAUAUCUCACAAUUAGUGACAUCAGACACACAGACUUUGGAAUUUAUAAACUAAAUAUCUCCAGGAAUGGGAGAAAUGUGAUUUCCAAGACAUUUAUCGUCCUAGAUUCCUCAGAAAAAAGAGGGAAUGUGCCAGAGGAGACAAUAACGUUAAUGAAUGGAGAGAUUACUGCAAACACUCGUGUAUAGUGACUGUUACAUUAUCCUUUACUUUUUAUUUUUAUAAAACUUCUCUACUUUUCUUGAGCCUUUAAAAUGUUUAAAUGAACACUACGUAACAGUUCAUCUUUCUAUUCACUUUAACAUUUUUGUUUUGGUUAUUUUACUGUUUAUGGAAUAGGUUGCUAUUAACUGUGAUCUUGCCUGUGUUGCAGAUAUUUCUUUUAUAUACAAUGCAUGUUACAUUUUAGUUUUGAUCAGUGUUAAUGAACAAAACCACAUUUCUGAACGUUUUUUUUCCUCCCUCUAGUGGACAAUCUGUAUCUGUAAACAGUUUUAUAAUGUAAGUGAAAUGCUCCAACUUUGGUCUGAAGGUCAUUUCAGCCUCAUCAAGGACAAAAUAUUAAUUAAUUUUAUUACUAUAAUUACUAUUUUAUAAUAAUAAUAAUAAUAAACUUUUUCUUUUAAAGUAAGUCUCCUAUAAAUUGUGGGUAAACCUCUGACCGUUAUAUACAAUGCAAACACAGAUUUACUAUAAAAUCUGUAAAUUUUAACUACAUUGUAAGGUAACUUACAGUACAGUUAGCUUAUUAAUAGGAUUUUACAGAUUUAUUUUUUAAAAGAAGUGAGGAAAUUCGACAAAAAAUAGUUGACCUUCAACUUUGACCUAGAGGUGGCACUUACUUUCUAACACAAUCAUUUACUGUGUGCUCACACCACCUUCAAUAAAACAUUUUGACAUUUA